AUGAAUGAUUAAAAUAACAAAGGAUUUAUUGAUGAAGGUCUAAUUUUAUAUAAAGCCAAGGAACUUAUUUCAUUUUUGAUUUGUCCAAUAUGCAAAGGGUUAAUACAAAAACCAAUUUUAGCAUGCAACAACUGUGCAAUUUAUGGAUGCGGAUAGUGUAUUUUGAAAUGGGAAAAAUAUGGUAAACAAAGAUGUUUAUCAGGAUGUUAGGGAAUAAAAUUUGAAAAAAUAAAAAAUCCACUUCUUUAUGCUGUUUUAGAUAAUAUUGCAAUUAAAUGUCCGAACAGUAGAAAUGAAAAUUAAAACGAAAGGUGUCAAGAAAUAUGCAAUUACAGUAACUUUUUAAAACACAUAGAAAAGUGUGAAUUCAAUGUUUAAAGCUGCUAAUAUUGCUCUUAAAAAAUGUUAGCCUCCUCACUAAUGGGGCAUAUUGAUACUAAUCAUUAAAUUUUAACAACUAUUUAUUUUAUUUUCAGUAAUUCAUAAGAUACUCCUAUGCAGUAUAAUAUUUAAAUGGGAUAAGAAACACAACUAUUUAAAAUACUUGAUAUAUUAAAGCAUAAAGUGAAAGUAGAACCUGAUAACAUAGAGCUCGUCACUAUUCACAACAAUAGAAUAUCGGAAUACAUAUCAAAGUAGCAAACUCUAAGGUAGUUAAAGCAGAAGAAAGGUUUCUUGUUUGCUUUUCAGAAGUAUCCACAGUUAGUAAAGCAAAUAAAUGAGCAUCAUAAAGUUAUUCAUUUAGAAGUCUCAAUAAUUAGUGGGUUUUUUCGUUACUUUGAAAAUAUUAUUUUGGAUUAAAUGAUAGAAAAGCCCUCUUCUUUGAGUAAAUUAUCAUCAAUAGAAAAGAUUCCCUAACUAAACGAUAAAUCAUUCACAGAAGGAUAAAAUAUGCACUCAUCAAUCCAUAGCUAUUAAUAACAUUAGUAAUUAAAUAAGAAAAUAGUCACACCUGAAAAUUCUAAUUGUGUUUUUGAAAGUUUCACUCGUAUUUUUCAUUUUUAUGAUUUAGAAAAAGAUUUUGCCUCUAUUCAUUUAAUGAUAUACAAAUACUUUAGAAAUUAUCUUAAAGUGUAUGUAGAGAAAAAGAAAUAAACAGAUUAAGUUCCAUAUUUACUAGAAAACAUAGAUUUCAAAGUAGAUACAGAUGAAGCAAUAGAAAGAGAAUAUAACUUCUUUAGAGAGCUUAAAGAAGAAACAGAUAUUGAGUAUUCAAGACCUUAUAGUUUAGUCCUCCUUCAAAAUCUUUUAUCUGAGUUUCCUUAUAAAAAAAAUGUUCAUUUCAGCAGCUACUACAAAUUAGAUGAGAAAGGUGAAACAUAGUUUGAAUUAGCGAUAGCUUUAGCCCCGUAUCUUGAUGUUAAAGCCCUUAAGCUUAACAAAUGUUUAGAAUAGGUCAAUUAAAUAACAUCUAACAGCUGUUCUAAAAUAAAUUCAUUGAGCAAUAUAGAUAAUGUUUCUUGA